AUGUCCUUUCUUUUUGAUGGAUUACAUGUAAAUCAAUUUAACAAUUAUGUUUCAUAUAAUAUAAAGGAUGAAGCAAUAUUAAAAAUUAUUUUUCAAGAUGGUAGUAUACAAAAUAUGAGAUUUAAUAUUAAUAUUAAUGGUGAAAAAUUAAGAAUACUUGUUAUGCGUCAUCUAGGUUUAAUUGAUAAUGAAUAUUUUGGUUUAAUGUACGAAACAAAACAAGGAAGUAAUAAAUGGGCUUGGUUACAAAAGAAAAAAAAAAUAAAGAAAUUUCUAACAAAAGAUUCUUCAGUAUUUACUGUAAAAUUUGGAAUACGUUUUUAUCCACUUGUACCACAUUUGGUUGCUGAAUGGCUUGGAAGAAGAAUUUUAUUCAUAGAUAUUGUUGAAAAUAUUAAAAAAGGUUAUUGGUAUGUUGAAAAUAAGAAUACUUCUUUGGAACUUAUUGCUUUAACAUGUAAAGUCCUUGAUCCCGUAUUAAUUAGAGAUUGUUCAGUUGAUGGGAUAAGAAGAAAUUCAGAAAAAUAUGGGAAAUUAUUGAUGGAAAAAUUUGAUAUAAUGCAUUGUGAUAUUUUAGAAAUAGCGAUGAAUUUUGAUCAUCUUCUUCAGAAAUCUAACAAACGUAAACGUUCAGGAGGUGUUAUAAAUUCAAUUCAAAAUAUCAAUAAAGAUGUAUUAAUUGCUGAAUAUUUAAAAGUAGUUUCAAAAUUACAAUGGUAUGGUUCAUCAAUUUGUAAUAUUAAUCAAAAUAAAAGUACAAAAAAUAAUCAAUAUAUCUAUGCAAAUUACAAAGGAUUAUCUUUUGUUAAUUCUUCUCAAGAAUUACUAGUUUCUGUUCAAUGGAAUAAAAUUAGAAAAAUUGAACGAAAUGUUAAUGCAAUAAAAAUAUAUUAUAUUGAUAAUGACAAUAUAACUAAGAUUACUUUUGAACGAAAUGAUUAUGAAGUUAAAAACUAUUUUUAUGUUUUAAUGUGUUUAAAGAAUCAUGUUGAUGUUUGGAAUAAAAAAAUUAAAGAUGAUGAAAUAGAAUUUUUACAAAAAUUAGCUCAAUUAAAUAAUAAUAAUACAUCAGGAAACAAGAACAAUCGAAGAAAUAUUUCAUUAAGACAAUCAUUAGGUAAUAGUUUUCGUAAUUCCAUAAGAGGUAGAAUUUCAGUAUUUCGUAGACAUUUUAGCUUUAACAAAAAAUCAUCUUCAUCAGAAAGUAUCAAUUUUGUAUGUGUUUAA